GAUAAACCUCACUACAAUCCAGACAAGAGUCUCAAGAUGCCAUUCAACAAAUUCUCAGACGAUAUAUAUGACUCUGAAAUCGCAUGCGUAGAUCAUAUUUGACUUUCUCUGUAAAGAUCCCCACAACGAUAAAUAUUGUGGUGGGUUCUUCUCACGCAAAAGAGAAAACAUGGCUUCAAUGCGUAACGUGACUUCUGCAACGCUCCUUCACUCGACCGAUGCCCAUUCAUUUACAGGAACGCCCAGUUCAUCUUUUUGCUCGCCCAUUAAGAUCAAAUUUCAAUCGACAACUCCGAGCAGAUCUCUUAACUGUGAGACUGCGAGAAGAAAGGGCUGGAAUGUGCGUGCAAAAGCCGGCAACUCCGAACAAGGAAGGAAACUGAAUGUCACGGAGAUGGCAAGAAAGAUUAUGUCUUCAGUGGAAAAGCCUCUUACACCUUUGCUUGACACCGUCACUUAUCCCAAGCACCUUAAGAAUCUCUCUCUCCAGGAUUUGAAUCAGCUGGCUGGUGAACUGAGAUCAGAAAUUAUAUCAGUUGUCUCAAAAGUUGGAGGACACCUGGGUUCUGGUCUGGGUGUUGUGGAUCUCACUUUAGCUCUCCAUCACGUCUUCGAUCUCCCACAGGAUAAGAUCAUUUGGGACGUGGGUCAUCAGUGCUAUUCACACAAGAUAUUGACAGGAAGAAGGUCGAAGAUGCACACAAUCAGACAGACUUCAGGGCUGGCCGGAUUUCCAAAGCGAGAUGAAAGCGAAUAUGACGCAUUUGGCGUUGGGCACAGCUCCACCAGUAUUUCUGCAGCCCUGGGAAUGGCGGCUGGAAGAGACUUGUUAAGAAAAGGAAAUCAUGUGGUGGCUGUGAUAGGGGACGGGGCAAUGACUGCUGGUCAGGCAUACGAGGCCAUGAAUAAUGCAGGCUAUCUCGACUCCAAUCUUAUCAUCAUUCUCAACGACGAUAACCACGUCUCUCUCCCUGUCGAAGCCCUCUCUAGCAUCCAGUCAUCCACCCAAUUGGGAGAAGCUGCAGAGGGCUUGGUGAAGCACAUUGGGGAGCAAACUCAUGAAAUUGUAUCAAAAGUGGAGGAGUAUGCAGGAGGAUUGAUGAGUUCAUCAACAUUUUCCAUGUUUGAGGAACUGGGAUUGUACUACAUUGGGCCUGUGGACGGGCAUGACAUUGAAGCCAUGGUUAGCAUCUUGGACAAGGUGAAAAGCAUGCCUGCCACAGGACCUGUGCUGAUUCAUUUGGUGACAGAGAAGGGAAAGGGAUAUCCUCCCGCUGAAAAUGCUGCUGAUAAAUUACAUGGAGUGAUGAAGUUCGAGCCAGCAACUGGCAAACAAUUCAAGCCCAAGACCUCCAAUCUGACCUACACUCAAUGCUUUGCAGAAUCCCUGAUUGCAGAGGCUAAACAGGACAGUAAAAUAGUGGCAAUCCAUGCAGCCAUGGGCGGAGGCACAGGGCUCAAUUAUUUCCAGAAAGAGUUCCCUGAUCGUUGCUUUGAUGUGGGCAUUGCAGAGCAACAUGCUGUUACAUUUGCCGCAGGGUUGGCCACAGAAGGCCUCAAGCCCUUCUGUGCCAUUCACUCCACUUUUCUGCAGAGGGGCUAUGACCAAGUUGCCCAUGAUGUAGAUUUACAAAAGUUGCCAGUGCGUUUUGCAAUUGAUCGAGCUGGACUAGUGGGAGGAGAUGGCCCAACUCACUGUGGAGCAUUUGACAUCGCCUACAUGGCGUGCUUACCCAACAUGGUUGUGAUGGCUCCUUCUGACGAGGUUGAGCUCAUGCACAUGGUCGCCACUGCUGUUUCCAUUGAUGAUCGCCCUUCUUGUUUCAGGUUCCCCAGGGGCAAUGGCCUUGGCCUCGGCAAUUUGCCUUUAAAUAAUAAAGGUCAACCUCUUGAGAUUGGCAAGGGUCGCAUUUUAGUGGAAGGCACGCGAGUAGCAAUUCUAGGGUUUGGUUCCAUUGUACAAAACUGCUUGGAAGCAAGGAGAAUGCUGAAUGAUCAAGGCAUAUCAGUAACUAUUGCAGAUGCUCGUUUCUGCAAGCCUCUAGAUACAAAAUUGAUAACACAGUUGGCGAGAGAACACGAAAUCCUUGUGACAGUGGAGGAAGGAUCAAUCGGAGGCUUUGGAUCUCAUGUCUCCCACUUCCUUGCCUUGAAUGGGAUGCUCGAUGGUAACCUUAAGUGGAGAGCAAUGGUUUUGCCAGACAGAUACAUCAAUCAUGGAUCUCCAAAGGAUCAAAUUGAAGAAGCAGGAUUGUCUGCCAAGCAAAUUGCAGCAACAGUUUUCUCUCUUCUGGGCAAGCCUCACGCUUCUCUCUUCCAGCUCAACUCACUGUAAUCUUAAAAACCAAUCAUCCAUUGUAAUUUGAAACAUUAAUCUUCCCUGCCCUCCAUAAGAAUAUGGAAUAAUUUGACAAAUAGCAAAACCAUGUAUACUACACAACACCAAUUCUUUUGUAAUAGAGUUACCAGCAUAUGGUAGAAUAAUUUCCAAUUCUUUUUAAAAUUCCUAGUCAAGGAUUACCCACAUGCCGGCCUGCCAAAUUGUUUUAUUUGUUAUU